GUGGGUUAAUAGCUGAGAAGCUCUGAGGACAGUGCCUGGCACACAGCAGUGCCAUGUAAUGUUCUUAAAUAAAUCGUGUGGUCACUUACGAUGGGUAAGUACAGCCGCUGUGGAACACCCAGAGGGGCAGAUGUUGGAGCAGCUCAAGUGUUAGCAACGGGCCAGCCUGCUGGGGCCAAAAUUGGGCUCCGCUCACCAGGCAGUGCCGCUUGCAUGUCACCUCCUCUGGGAAGGCUCUUGGCUCCCAACUGGCCCGCCCCAGUCACCUGGCAUUCAGAUUUCAAAUCCGCCAUCAUUGGGAUUGCUGUGGGCUUCGCCAUAUCGGCCAGCUUCCUGGUCCUGAAGAUCUGCAGGAUCAGGAAGCACUUGUUUGAUAAUGAUUCCUCCAAACAGAGAAGCACUAACGUGGGCUUCAAUGGUCAGGAAAUUAUGCUCAGCCCCAUCUCUACCUUUGCCUGAGACAAGACAUGACCUGGCCAGUCACCUGGCGUGAGGCUCUGAGGGCAACACUGGCUGGAGAGAGAAUAAAAAACAUGGGUUGAAAAGAAAUGCAGCGACCUCUCUGUGUCUCUGUCUCUGUCUGUCUCUCUCUGCUUCUCUCUCUCUCUCUGUACUUUUCCAUUUAGUCAUUCUUGAGAUUCCUAAGAAUCAGCUUUCCUGCAGUAAAGGUGGGGAAGGGAGCUGAGUUGGCUUCAGGCAGUAAUUUCUAUUCUCUUACUCAUAUAGUGUGAUCAGAUGAGAUCGAUCCCGGGAGGUGACGAGGCUGCUGCUGGCAUGGGUGGGUGGUGGGAAGUGUGGCUGGCACUGCCCACCUGGACCAAGUUGCACUUUUUUUCAUAAAUUGGGCAAGUCCUACACUGAGAAGCUCUGAGCGUAUCCUCAUGAUCCAAACAGAGCUGGGCUUACGUGAACCCAGCGUGGUUCUCCACAUGCCGUGGCAGCCACGGAGAGGUGCGUCCCAUGCAGACGCUGAGCACUCAGUUUGUGAGUUUUGACAGCAAAAUGUAACAUUGAUUCGCACCCCUUUUCUCUCAAGGUGGGACCUGCAAAAUCCAUUCCCCGUAUAAGACUGCUUAAUGGGAUGGUGAUGCAGUUUUUCAGAGGAUGAGGAGGAAGGACCCUCACCAUGUAUCUGGAAAAUAUGAUUAUUACCUGUGAAAAUGUGCAGAAGGGGGCAGAGAGAGCAGGAGACAGCACUCAGGAGAUUCCAGGGUGUCCAACUGCACAAGCAACUUUUUUGGUCAUAGGAGUUCACUUGCCGUUGAUUUUGUAUCACUAGGAAUAUGAGGGGAGAGAAAAGUCUCUUCAUCACACAGCAGGAGAUGUUCUAGAUCUCCUAAGGGCAAGAGGGCCCAGGAUCUGUAAGG